AUGAUCCUGGCACAGGCCCAGCUCCAGGACUACAUUGUGAGACUGGCGGCGAUACCUGCCAUCCAAGGGCCCUUAGAAUACAUUGCGGAGGUGGGCAUAGUGCAAGACGUCUCGCAUGCCGCGCUUGGCCAGCGAAAGAUGUCCCCAGAAACCAUGCUCUGGUUGUUUCUCAUACUGGCCAAUUUAGCGCUGGUGGCCCUUGUAGUUGUGCCCAAGGCGAAAUUGCAAGUGUGGUCCUUCUUCUACUUCUUCUUGGCCCGCCGCUGGUUUGCAGUGUGCAGAAGCCUUCCUUGCGGGUUCUGGGUGCUGGGGUUCUUGCACAGACUGAGCCGUCCUGUGUCAUGUGUAAGGUGA